ACCCCACAGCCAGCUACAACUUGACUGCAGAUUGUUACGUGAAGACACAGUGCGAUCAGAGUUCUAAAACAAAAUGGAUCACUCUCGAGUAAGCAACAGCAACAGCAACCAGUUGGAUUAUAACAUGGAUUCGAAACACGGGAAAAUGUUGCCCUGCAACGACGACCGCCUGGACAGCGGGGUGGAUUCUUUGUCAGAAGAGUCAUAUAAUAGCAUUUUGAACGAGAUGGAACGUCUGAGUAUGGCGUCCACAGUUUCUAGGGAGUACUGCAACGAGCCAUGGAAACUGGAAAGGACUGAAGACGGAGACACACUUCUUCAUCUUGCCAUUAUCCAUGAGGCAGAAGACUAUGCAAAGCAGAUGAUUGAACAUUCACGGAACGACCAGUUUCUCAACACACAGAACCACCAGAGACAGACCCCCCUCCACCUGGCAGUGAUCAUGGAACAGCCUCAGAUUGUUGACCGGCUCCUAAAGGCUGGCUGUGACCCCAAACUGGUGGAUGAAUCUGGGAACACUGCCCUCCACAUCGCCUGCAAGAAGGGGUCCCUGCACUGCUUCAGUGUGCUGACCCAGGCCUGCACGCAACAGCUUCCUUCCAUCCUGGCCACCCCCAAUUACAGUGGACACCACUGUCUACACCUCGUCUCCAUUCAUGGCUUCCUAUCAAUGGUGGAGAGGCUUAUCGACCUUGGCGCAGAUAUCAAUGCCCAGGAGCAGUGCAACGGUCGCAGCCCACUUCACCUUGCAGUGGACCACCAGAACUUGGAGUUGGUGAAACUCCUAAUCGCCAAGGGCGCCAAUGUCAACAGCCUAACCUAUGGCGGAUACACAGCGUACCACCUGACCUACGGCCGGCUGAACACAGAGAUCCAGCAGCAGCUUUACAACCUCACAGAUCAGGAGCUGAGAGAACUGCCCGAGAGUGAAGCUGAGGACAGUGAAGAAGAAGCUCUGUCUGAUGAUGACAUGAUGUAUGAUGACUUUCUGUGGAUGGGGCAAAAGUAAGGUUGUGUCGUCAGCACAGUGAGCGAGAGAAAAGAGCAGCUGACAGAUCCCGCAUGGCAUAGCAUGGAAUGCCUUGUGCCGAAAAUGGCCGCCCCAUGGCCAACAGGCAGGAGACCCGGUUAGAAGACCACCACAGCAACAGGCGAGGUGUCAGACGAAAAUGGUUCUGGAUGAGAACGACAGUUUCGGUGAAGAACAGAAGCAUAGCAUGAAGAUGCCAAGAGAAAAGGAGACUCAUACUUUCACAAAUGCACAAGCUAAUAUGAGACUGUACAAUGUACUGUAUUGUAAAUAGCUAUAUGUAUAGAUAUCUAUUUUUGUAAAAUGUAAAUAAGUUUGAAAAAGAAAAUGUUUUCUAACACUAUUGUAUGUACAUAUUCACGUGUUGACAGACCUAGCACACUCCUAUGAAUUAAAAGAGGUACAUUUGAAAAUGUG